AUGGAGAACUUCACCAAUUCAUGGAUACCUGAUAGUGAACAGGACGAUUACUACGACGAAGAUUAUGAUGAAAGAAUCGUCGUGUACCAGAAUUUCUACGAGCGACAGAUCAUCGCUGCGUUGUUCAUCGUCGCGACGCUCAUCGGAACAAUCGGAAACUGUUUCGUCAUCGUCGCUGUGGCGUUGUCUAAGAAACUACGGACAACCACUAAUGUGUUUGUGGUGAACUUGGCCGUCUGCGACAUGUUGACGAGUAUGGUCAUGCCGUGGCAGGCCGUGGCCCUCCUUGGAGGUGACUCCUGGCCCAUCCCGGAGGCUCCCUGGCUCUGCCAAAUGGUUGGGUUUGUCACCAUAAUCACAUUUGGGGGCAGUGUGAACAGCCUUUCUCUAAUCGCCAUCAACCGCUGGAUUGGUAUCACCAAGUCGCGUCUAACAACUCGUCGUGUCUACUCCAAACGUAAGCUCGCUGGGAUGGUCAUGUUCGCCUGGUGCAUCCCCGUCUGCUGUGCCCUAACCCCCGUCCUUACAGACUUCGGAGAACUCGGUUACGAAAAACUCUACAGUACAUGUACAUGGGACCGGGACAACCUGUACUCAUUCUACUUUAACAUUCUCAUAACAGCAGCCUAUUAUCCCAUCCAACUGAUUCUGAUCGUGCUAAGUUACUUUUGUAUAUUCUGCUACGUCCGGGAGACGUCACGCAAGAUGGCGCGGGCAGACACCCCUUCCGAGCCCUCAUCCGUCUCGGCAAAGGUGAGUGGGACGAGCGGGCACCGGGCGAUGAAGCGCAAGCUAUGGAAACGUCAGCUCGCGGUCACCAAGAACUUACUCUACAUCGUGCUGGCGUACGUUGUCUGCUUGACGCCGUAUUUCACCGUCAUCAUAGUAUCAGCAGAUUGGAGCUAUCGGCUGACGCCAUGGGGUGGCAUGAUUCUGUUCUGCAAUAGCUGUAUCAACCCUAUCAUCUACGCGACUUCGCAUCCUGAUUUCAAGGAGGCGUUCGGGUAUAUGGUACGGUGCAGAAAGAUACCGAGAGGUGGGACGAGUCAGAAGUACCGAUCAACAACCACCAGCACGACCUCAGUUAAAACACAGUAGAAAGUUACAAUUUUUAACAUCUCCAUUGUUUGUUGUAUAACUUCA